GUGAUUGAUGGCAAAGGAUGCCUUAAGCGGGAUAGGGCUGGGAGGAACCGGGCACCAAGAGGGAAAGGGAAGAGGGACAAAGGGACUAUGGGACCCUUAGCAUAAAGCCAACCCAUGAAAAUGACCUUCGCGUUUGAGAUUUGGAGUGUGGAUGAGGAAAUGGAGUGCAAUCUUGCCAAAGGAAAUGUGACGUUGAUGAUGAUGGUAUUGAUGACGACCACCUUUGAUGAUAAUCUUGAUGAUGAUGAUGAUGAUGAUGAUGGUGAUGACGAUGAUGAUGAUGAUAACGCAACUGAUGGUGUUGAUGACGAGCUAACCUUAAGAAUGCUAUGAAACUUGUUCGCGCCUAUGAUCGUGCUCACCAUAUAUCCUAGAUACAUAAUAUAACUCAAACCCUAAACCCUUGCAUAAACCCCGCCUUGACCCCGCCAAAACCCCGCAUUCCUGCCCUACACACAUCCCUGUACCCAGCGAAGCCCUUGCCUCUUGAACCCCCCCCUGUCUGAUCCGCUCUUGCCUCCGCUUUGCCCCGUUCUCCCAUCUGUCCUCCGCCACAUCCUUGUCUCUCUUGUCCAAGUUCUGUAUGCGCCCCCUGCACGUCGCCGGAGAUAAUGGAUCUAAUGGCAAGCGCACGAGGACGAUGGCAUGCUGCAGCCCAAUACGAGGAGAUAAGACAGCUGGUUGGCAACCAUGCUGUUUCCUUUGCCCGACACCUUGGACUCGCAGACUUCCGGAGCAGCAUCUCUGACAUGGACAUCAAGAUCAGUCUGCGACCUGCUAUCCGGAUCAGACCU